AUGUCGCUUUAUCAUGAGGCAGCAGAGAUUUUAUCCUCAUCAUCAGACGCAAGCGGAAGCUUGAAAUCACGAGUUUUUGGCAAGAAGAAGGGCAAAGCACCACCCGGACAGCUGUACGCCCUCGUGUUGGAGAGCGCAAAAUGGAGUCCGGUUUUGAAAGAAGUAAUUGAAAAGGCAGAGAUUUUGAAACUGGAGCGAAAGCUUACGCCCACACUAGCUUUGCUACUGGUGCAUGAUUUAUUACUUGCCAAGGGAGGGAUUGCACUGCCCCAGAGCCAUGGACUGAGAGCAUCGAUAGAGCGCCACAAGGCGCGCCUCAGCUCGGAAUUUACGAGGGCGAGAAUAAGAAGAAAGGCGGCGACAAUGGACGUUCUAAAGGAACAGGUCGAAAGAACGUCUGCGGGAGAAGAGGCCAAUUACCCAAGAUGGGUGCGCGUCAAUGCUCUCAAAAGCAGCGUGGAGGAACAGCUGGAGACAACCUUUUCGAAACACACCAGAGCCGAGAGCAUUCAAGAUAUUAUGAGCAAGCCAGGCAGACACAUUUACAUUGACCCUCAUGUACCGAAUUUGCUUGCAAUCUCUGCUGGUAUGGACUUUGCAAAGGUGGAAGCCUAUACUUCUGGGAAAAUUAUCCUACAAGACAAGGCAUCGUGUUUCCCCGCGUAUCUGCUGGAUCCGCGAUCUGAGGACGGAGAUGUUAUCGAUGCUUGUUCUGCCCCAGGGAACAAGACUACGCAUCUCGCGGCCAUUCUUUACAAGCACCGUCCGGAGUUUGAAGACGCUCCUCAGACAAUCUACGCCUUUGAGAAGGACUCAAGAAGGGCUCAAACGCUGGAAAAGAUGGUCAAGAUUGCCGGGUCAAAGACUAUCACUCGAAUUGGGUUCGGGCAGGACUUCCUUCAAGUGGAUCCUACGUCCGAGAAAUACAAGGAUGUGGGAGCUUUGUUGUUGGACCCGAGUUGUUCAGGCAGUGGUAUCGUUGGUCGAGACUCAAUGCCCGAGUUACACCUCCCAGAUCCGCCGACGGAGAGCCGUGGUGGCAAGGGGAAGCCAGGCGCCGCCAGCACGAACAAGAAGAAGAGGAAACACGAGGAAGUUGAAGAGCCCGCACAAAACGUGCUGGUAGACGAUGAUGGCAAUGAGACUGUGGUGAAGUCGGAAAAGGACCUGGAAGCACGGCUGGAGGCGCUCUCGGCAUUCCAGCUGACGCUCCUACUGCACGCAUUUCGAUUCCCCCGAGCAAAGAAGAUUACUUACUCAACAUGCUCAGUUCAUUCACAGGAGAACGAACGAGUUGUUAUUAGGGCCCUGGCAUCGGACAUUGCAAAAGCCAAGGGAUGGCGUAUUCUGCGGCGAGAAGACCAGGUGAGUGGGCUAAGGGACUGGCCGGUCCGGGGACUGGCCGAGGCCGCAGAAGGUGACGAGACAGUUGCGGAGGGUUGCAUACGGUCCUAUAAGGGGGAUGGCCAUGGGGUAAUGGGCUUCUUUGUUGCCGGAUUCGUGCGGGAUUCGGUCGAUAUAGGGGAACAAUCUGCGGGAGGGGCGUCUAUUGAUGUUAGCGGGGAUAAUGGCGAGGGGCCAUAUCUCCGUGACGACGAUGGCCGGAUUUUACGGGAUGUCAUUGGCAUGCCUGUCCUCAAGUCCACGGAAAGGCCUGUCUCUCUCCACGGAGUGGAUGAAGGAGAGGGGGUUGAAGUAGAUGAGAUGGAAGAAGAAGAAGAAGAAGAAGAAGAAGAAGAAGAAGACGAAGAGGACGAUAGCGAAGAUGACGAUGACAGUAAUGGCGGAGGUGAAGACGAGUGGGAAGGCCUUAGCGAUGCGUAG